AUGUCUCAAUCGUUCUCGAGUUCUUCUUCUUCUUCUACUACUACUUCUUUAACAUUAUCAUCUUAUACUUCUAUUUAUGGAUAUGUCCAAUGUAUUAGUCGAAUAUUCCUUAUUAAAGAUAAGCAUACCGCAUUUAUUAAAAUAACUUCACAUUCAAAUUGUUUUAGUCAUUCUAUAUAUAAUAUAAUUAUACAAUGGAAUGUAAUAACAAAUGAAGAGAAAUAUUUAAAAUUUUUAUUGAAUUGUCCGAUAAAUUCUUGGAUUCGGAUACAUAAUUUGAAAGAAAGUCGAAUAUAUUAUAAACAGAAUCGAGAAAGUAAGGUAUGGCUUUUUAUACCAGAUCAAACAUAUAUUGAAACAUUACCUCAUCCUAGAAUACUUUCAAAUUGUAAUCAUGUAUGUUGUUUGUCACAGUUAUCCCCACCUUCUUCUUCUCCAUCAUCAACAUCAUUUCCUGUCGGAUUAAUUCCAUCAAUAGAUUUAUCUCUUAUCUCUAGUCACUGUAAUGGAAUUUUUUUGGAAUUCGAACGAACCAAUCCUAAUUAUCACCAAGGGGUUAACCAACAUUAUUUAUUAUUGAAUAUUGAUAAAGUUAUUCAAUCCAUUGAUAAACUAUUAUAUCGACAAACUAUUAAACUAUUUAAUGUUUGGUCUUUUUACAUUGGUAAUAAUAAUGUGGAUAAUGAUUACUAUGACAAAACAAUGUCAAAACAAUGUAUAGAUCUUUAUGCUCUACUUAUUCCAGGCAUCUAUUCAUCAUCAUCCAUCAUAGAUAUAGAUGAUAAAUUAUCCAAUAUCUCUUAUUCAAAGUCAACUAUUCAAUGUCCAAGUGUUUGUUUUAAUUUUAAUGAACAAUUAACUAAGAAAAACUUUUCAUUAUUAUUACAUAAUUUAAAUUAUUUAUUUAAUUUUUGUUUAGCAUAUCAAAUUAAUGGUUUAAUACAACAUAAGAAAGUUAUACAUUACAAGGAGAAUAUAUUCAGAAAUCAAGACUGUACAUUGUCUGAAUCAUUUCAAAGUUUACUAUGCAAUUUGUUCAUUCAGUCAAGAAAUAUCAACUUCAAAUCAUAUCAAUAUGCAGAAGAUUUUAUACAAUUCCCAUUCAUAUCCAACGUACAAGAAAAUCAUCAAUCCUUCAAUUUCGUAAAAGACAAUAUCAUUGAUUUACACGAUGUUAUUAAUUGGUUUCAAUCCUCUAAAAAAUCGUAUAAUUUAAACAAGGAUUCUAAAGAAAUCUGUACAUUAUCAACAACAGAUCAGGGUUUUAAAUGCAUUUAUACCUCGCAUGAUACACAAUUUAUACCAUCAAAUUCAUCGUCAUCAUUGUCAACAACAACGAACUAUUUAUGGCAUGUUCAAGUAUGCGAAACACGCUUACAAAUUCAAUUACAUCAUAAUCAAUUUCAACAAUAUCAUCAUUUAUUGAAACGUUCAACACCGAUUUCAUCAAUGAUGACCGAAACCUCAUUAAAGAAUCAUUCAGAAUCAUCUUUGUAUGUAAUUGGGAAAAUUCUAUGGAAUAAUACACAGGGUUGUUUUUAUUUACAAACUGUACAUAAUAAUGAUAGUACUACUACUUAUAAUAAUAAUAAUGAAAAGGAUAAUACUAUCUUUAUUCCAUUGAUAUUUAAUAUGAAUACAUCAGAUGAAAUCAAUGUAUUAUAUCUGCCAUCCGAUUACAGUUUAAUAUUAUUGAAAGGUGUACAAGUAAUAUAUGAAGAAGAAAAUCCUGUCGAAGUAAUCACUUCUGGAAAUUGUGUUGAUAUGCCAUUUCAUUCAACUAAUUCAGUAUCAUCUAUAUCCAGAAUGUAUAUUUAUGCAAAACAAAUCAUUCCAUUUCAAGUGAAUUAUUUAUCUGAAAGUAUAAUGGAUGGUUAUGGUAAAGCACAGGAACAACAACAGUCUUGCACAAUUAUUCUUGUCAAUCUAGGUCCAUUAUCCUGUUGUUCUCAUGAAGCUUCUGUCGAUCCUACUGAACGUUCUUCCUCGUCCAAUAAACUAUUAUGGUCAUAUGUGUUUGCUGGGAAAUUCAUAGAAAAUAAUACUGUUGCAAUCGGUAAUGCUGAUACUAUUACUGCUUUUAAUAAUGGCAGUAGUAUCGAUUCAAAUUUGAUGCAUCUAUCAUUGACUGGUGAUUUAGCUUAUCGAUGGUAUUAUAAUUUUCAAAUUGGAUAUCAUUACCAACUUGUUUGGGUGAAUAUUGACAAUUCAACAUCAUUUACUCAUGACCAAUCACCUUUUCGGCAAUUAAUUAGUGUUUCGAUUUUAAACAACUCAACUCCUAUCAAUAGAGAGAAUCUUUCUUUGGUUAAUGUUGCCAAUUUAAAUGAUAUUAUGCACGAACAAUCCAACUAUCCAAUUGGUUGUUUAAUCAACUUUGAAGCAAUAAUUUUAUUUAAACAAUAUUGUUCAUUGAAUGGUGAUUGUAUAUUAUGGGUGACAACAUGUAGUGAAUUACCGAAAUCACUGUCUAAUUUCAAUGAUAUUGACAUAACCACUGUGUACAAGGUGAAUCUAUUCAGAAAGAUUAAAUCAGUGAAUAAUCUUGACCUUGUAUCAUUGUUCACAACAUCUAAUAAAACGAUAUUAUAUUGUAGAUUUACCAAUUUCUCACUUUCUGAAAUCAUUCCAAGGUCAUCGUCAUCAUCAUUGACUAGUUUACAUCUUAAUUACACUGAUUUAUCACAUAUCAUAAUCGUGAAUCAGAUGAAUACGGAUUCAAUGUUGAAUAAAAUUAGUACACAAUUGUCAGAUAGCUUGAUGAUUUCAUUAGAUAAUGAAUAUGAAAAUAGUCUAAUUGUAAACAAAGAACCAAAGUUAUUAAUAAGUAAUAAUUAUGAUUGGAUUGGUAGAUCUAUUUCUACAGGAUAUUCAAAUAUAGAAGGUGAUUUGUUCAAAGAGCACAUCAAUGUACAGGCUACAAUAACUCGAUGUUUAGAAUUUCAAAUUUAUCGUCUAUCUAACAACACUGGUGAUGAUCAAAAUGAUGAUUUUGCCAAUCUAGGCUUUUGUAUACGAUUUGUAAUCACUGACGGCAGCGGUAGUGCAUUGGUACAAUUGGGUCAUCCGUUUAUCAUGCCCUCCUCAUCAUCUGGCGGUGUUCCUUGUCAAAUCCUGUCGAAUAAUGAUUCAUCCUCAAAAAGUCCUGAAGAUAAUUUAGAAUUAGCACGUCUUUUAUUAGGAUUGAAUUGUUUAAUUUGGAAACGAUUAUGUUGUCAAUGGAAGCGUUUAUUAGAUCAAGGUGUUGAUUUAUCAUUCAAUUUUUAUGAAUUUACAAAUGAUAGUACAACUUCUGAAUGUAACACUUUGUCGUUCUCUUCAUCAUUUUCAUCUGAGGUCACUUCAAAUAAAAAAUACAACUUGGUACCAAUUAAAUUAGCAUUGAAGACUUAUUUGAAUUCACCGACAUUUUUAAGAAAUUGUCGAUUUACUCUGAAAUACAGAACUAAGAAUGCUUCACGUUGUCAUCGGUCCACCACAACAUCAACAUCAUCUUUGUCCAAUUCUGCCGAUCAUUGGCGAUUGAAACAGAUUAAUUUAAAGGAUAGUGAUAAUUCUUUAUAUUCUCAUGAUAAUCACUUUGGUCAACAACAAUCCGUUUACUUUGUUCUACCUCCAUAUAAACUGUACACCUUAUUAAAUGUUACUUCUCAUAAUGAUUAUUUCAAUGAAUUAUGAAUGAUAGUUUGUGUUUUGAUAGAAUGUUUUAUUUUUUUAGUGUUUUCAACAGAUUACGGUUUAUUUAUGGGUAGUGGCUAGAUAAUUAAAUAUGGUCUAAUAAAUAAAUACUCGAAAUGGGCUGUCAGAGUCAUUAAUGAUGAAUAUGGUUAGUAGUCACAUUGUAUUUAAAUAUCUAUUAUUCUUGUCUUGGAUCAGUUUGACCCAUUUUCAUUCAAAUAAUACUGAUCGUUUAGAGUUUUGAUUCUUAUAAUUCGUCUAACAACUACGGAAAUUAAAGUAAUCCUCGUAGUUCGUUUUUUUCUGAAGAAAACUUAUAUAUGUAUAUAUAUAUUGAUCAGUAUGGGGAUUUGUGGAGAUCCAGUAGAGUCCAAUCCAAUCCUGGGUUUGAAACAGUCAUCCACCUCAGACAAUCGAUGAAUGGUUGCACAAGAUCAUGGAUCGUUUGAAGUUAGACAUUAACACCACUGGUUGUCACCUCGAUGAUCUAGAGAUUAAG